GUGUUACUUCGCUUUCGAAAGUUUCACAUCCGCAAGAGAGCGGCAAGGCAAGGCGAAGUGAAGUAGGCAAAGAAGUCUCGCGCGCGAACUCGGUACGCUGCAGGCGAUGACCGCAUUCAUAUGAGUUUUUAUUAUAUUGUGUGUGUGCUGUCGUGUUCUCCGAACCGUUAAGUGUUUACGAAAAUGCUGUAUAGGUGAACUUUUAGGAUACAAAGUGUUGUGAUUGUGAUAAUAUUCCUUUAAACCUCUUCUAUCUUUUACUGUCUCUUGAAGGUUGUAAAAAUGCCUUGCUCAGCGGUAACUUUGUCUAUAGCGACCAUUACAGCAAUCGUGGCUGCUGCUUUAAUGGCUAUAGCCUUCUCGACGGAUAACUGGCUUUAUAUUGAAGUUAAGCGGACACACAUACAGAAUUAUGCAGCGGAGAACGCAGCGGGCAACUCACAGACGAUUCUGGAUAGUCUCAACAACAAAUAUUACUUCUACACGAGGACGCGGGGUCUCUUCCGUAUUUGCUACCCCAAGGAACGACCACCUUCAGUUGAGAUCUACCUAUCGCCUGUGGAGACACACUGCAGCAAUGUGGACUACUUCAUCCCUGACGAGAACAACGAGACGAAAGGCCUUUCGGACGACGCGAUGAACAGGCUGCAUAUGGCGCGCUCAACGGUAGCUCUGUUCAUCGUGGCGUUCCUAGCAUUGUUCAUUGCCUUCUGGACUGGCGUGGUCGGCUGCUGGAAGCGCAGUCCUGGCAACAUCACCGCCACAGCCAUACUUAUGCUUGUCACAUGUUUAUUAGCAGCAGGUGCGAUGGCAUUAUGGCAUGGCGUGGAGUUUUACGAGAAGGAGAAGGUUGUUGGAGAGGAGUACUACCAACAGUGGCCUAAUGUGUUAAAAGACAACUCAUCAAUCUGGUACGAUUGGUCGUACAUCCUGGCCUGGCUGUCUGUUGGCGUUUCCUUCGGAAGCUCCAUUUUAUUCUUCUCCGCCGCCAUUUGCCUGAGCAAGGAAAAAAGGCGGGAACAGCAGAAUAACGUGCAGUACAUAAUGCCAGUGUACCCACAAAAGCAGCAGUACGCUUACGCGGGCUACCCGCCGCCCCAGGCGUACCCGGGCCCCUACUACCACGGGUCGCAGUACGGCCCCUACAACUACUGAGCAUGUGACCAGAUGAGGGACCU